CUGUGUGGCCUGGGCCCGCAGCGCGUGCAGUUAUUGGGCAGGGCGGCGUGCUGGAAGAUCUCGUUACUUGCAGACCUUAUGUGUCCUGCAGUACACUGACGUAGCUCACCACCUCGACGUCACCAUUCCUUAUGUGACCUGACACACAGCAUGAGUCUUGGGCCUCUUUGUCCCCCCUGACCUGGGUGUACCAGCGGGAUGGCCUCGCCCCUUAGGAGCAAAUCCUUCGCCCCGCGAGUGGAAAGCACCCGCCACAAGGAAACGUCGACUGUCCGCGUGGAGACAUCGUCCCACCGCGAGGAAACGUCAUCCCACCGCGUGGAGACGUCCUCCCGGCAGGUUCGAACAUCUUCCCGUCAGGUGGAGACCUCUCAGCGCCUCCGAGAGGGACCCUCCCUCACCUCCUCCGCGAAGCGACUCCCUAGAUUCCUCGAGGUUUCCUCCCAGCACGUGGAAACCUCCUCGCAGUGCACGGAGACGUCCUCCAGCCACGUCAGGGCGUCGUCAUCCCUGCGGGUGGAGACGACUGUGCACCGUGUAGAGAGCCCAGCCAGGCGGGACAAGCAAGCCGCUCGCCAGAGUGCCAAAAUGGCCCGAUGAAGUGCUACCCAAGGGCCAUGGCCCUUAGCCAGGACUGAAGUGUUUCCAGUUGCCAGCCAGCCAGCUUCCAGGAGAGCCAAGCAUCUUUGGUUUCAUGGAAACAGCCACUAAAUCAAUGUAAGAAACGCUGCGGUUUCUGGGAGCUGCCAACGAGUAUUGAGAUUGCAGCACCUUAGACCACCCUGCUAUUGACGAGUGUACCAUUUAACUUGAAGCCAGCACCAAAGCGUUUCAGACUUGUAGUACUGUAUAUACUCGGCCGAUGGGCAAAGAGGCUCUUUGAGUCUCUGCACCAGUAGUAUCUGGAAGACUGGCUGAAUGUGACCUGGAAAAGCCAGACAUAUCUGGCUUCUGGAUCAUUGAUGCUUCAGGAAGGGCACAGGAUUCUGGUAGAUUCUCUAUUGUCUGUCUCUUAAAAGAGAUUUUUAAUCUAGGUUUCUUUCUCUGCAUUUUACUUAUUCAUGUUUCAAAACUGGAAUGGAAAGAGAGAUACAUAGAGGAAGAAAGUGUCAAAAAAGUAAAGGAUAUGAUAAACCCCUCAUUUGCCAUGAUACUCUAUUAUACAUUCCACAGCUUCCAAAGGACAGUGUGUGUUGAUAAAGGUAAUUGUUAAUGUAGCUGUUGUACUUUGUAAAUGUGUGUUACUGCUAGCCAUGCUGUGUUUCAUCCUCACGUUGUUCUCUGUAGGAAGUAAUGCUGCUGAACCUGACACAUGCCAUGCAAUGUGAAAGACAGUAUGUGCAACAAUAAUGCAUGAAGAGCUGUAGUCUCCAUUUGCAGUCACGAAAGCUUUUAAUGGCACAAUCUAAUAACUGGGUUUACUAUGCUAGGUAAUAGUUGUGUCUUGCCUUUAGUUGUACCAGCCAGGUUAGUUUGAAAAACUAAAUAAAUGCAAAUUCUUAUAAA